CGAAGUGGCCCCUGGGGGUCGUAGUCCUUUGCCUUGUGCCCCUCUUCCCAAGUUUCUUUGCUGUUUCCCUGCCCCGGUUGCCGGUCACGAGCCAUGCCCGGGGGUAGAGGCGGGAAGUCGCGCGAGGCCGCGAACCCAGCUGGAGGGGGAGGGGCUGAAUCGGUGACUGAACGGGUCCUGCGAGAGGCCCACUCACUAUAUGUACAUCCGGGUCAUGGUCUGGUGACCAUUGGAUCACGUCUGGGUCUGACCCUGCUGCCUCCGCGACGCAAAGUGACAGUUAUGGUAAUGGGGAACCACAGUGCUGGCAAGAGCAGCUUCAUCAAUUGGUACGUGGAGGAACAUAUUCAACGGACCGGGGUAGCUAUCGAGACUCAAGGGUUCACAUUCAUCACCAGUGGAAGGAAGCGAGAAUCUCUCACGGGUAAUGCGACACUCCAUUUGUACCCCCAUUUCCAGGCCCUGCAGAGCUUCAAAGGGGUGCCGGAGUACCUAAGCACUGAGAUCUGUACCUCCAAACAGAAACAGUUCCCUCUGGUCACCUUCCUUGACACGCCAGGCUUGGUGGACGGUGACAUGAAGUACCCUUUUGAUGUUGAAGCAGCUCUUACCUGGUUUGGCCAGCUCUGUGACCUCAUCCUAGUCUUCUUUGAUCCCAUGGGACAAGCCCUUUGCAAACGCACCCUCAACAUUGUGGAGAAACUCAACGAGGGGCAUGGAGACAAACUGCAUUUCUACCUCAGCAAAGCUGAUGAGGCGGGUGCUGAGGGAGACAGGCAGAGGGUGCUGAUGCAAAUUGUCCAGGAACUCUGCAAGCGCCCAGGCCUCAACAAGUGUGGGUUUGACAUGCCCACAAUCUACAUCCCCCACCCCAACAAACCAAGCCGCUGUGUCAAUCAGAUUGAGGAGAUCUGCCAAACUAUUGAGAAGACAAUCAGCCAGACGGUACAGCACACUCUCAAUGCCCUGGAGCGGGAUUGCCACCUCAUUGACAAGGCCACGUGUGAUCUGCUAGAACUGGACAGCGAGGCUAGAAGCAAUAAUUUCCAUGCCUGGUUUCGGGGAGCCCUUUUGGGGCUGGCUGGCUGCCUGCUACCCUUCUUCCUCCUCAUCACUCUGCUUUUUGGCACAGCAGCUGCUCGCCAGAUGUGGUCCCUGAUCUUGGGAAAGGAGCAGAGCCAGGCACUGGAGCUAUACGUGCGGCCAGUUGCCUCUGCCUGGAGCCUCAUCCCUGAAGACUACACCUUAACCGUGUUCUUCGGCCUUCUCUGUCUCUCGAUCAUCCUCCUUCUGUUGGCCAGCUACGCUUUCCAGACAAAACCCACGCUCUCAAAAAAGCAGAAGCGGCAAGUGGAGGACCGGCAGGAAUACGUAUUGGAUGUGGUGCUGGAGAAAAAGAGCCAGCUCUAUGAGGAAUACCUACGCCAAAGCAUCGGCGAGCAGGACCUGAGCUGAAAACUCCUCCCUAUCUUACCCUGCCCCCAACAGACUGCCAGCCCUAUACCUGUAUCUCACAUUACUGUUCAUCUGCUUAGUCGGUUCAAAGAGCAGCCACUGGUUCUGUGCAGGCAGCACUAUACAGCAGGGGGCCGAUUCGUCUUCCCCCAGCUGUGAUGCCUUCUCACGCAGUUGCCGACUUCCCCCUCUCCUUGUUUUUGACCGGCUAACAGCCCACAUCAUUGUUUUGAACUAUUAUGAUUCAGCAUAGCGGGAUGCCCUGCAUCUGCCAAGACAGCAGCAUACCUGUUCUAUUAACUCUGUCACUUUUCAGUUUUUUCUGAUUGUAUCAGUACUGCUUGACUGCUCUGUACAACCAGUUGGACCACCUGUCCCUCCAUCCAGCUUGUAAAGCUGUGAACGGAAGUCUUAAUGGGACAGCAGUACUCGAUUGUUAUGAGCACCUGGAGCAUCUUCAUCCAACAAGGUGGCAGUACCCGCUUUCCCUCAUCCUGAUUGGUGCUCCCUUUCUUUCGUGGUGUAUCCCCUAUGUACAUUUUGUGGCUGCCGUACUGACCAGCUCUCACAGGCCAGACUUUGAUGCCUUUUCUUUCUGUUAACUGUGAAGUGUUCUCUGUUACUUGGAUUGUAGUAUCCCAGGCCAGUGGACUUCUCUAGAUGUGCUGUGGGAAGUAUCUGCUCCGUCUCUCACACUAACUUGUGCCUUCAACUGAUUACCAGUUCUUGGGUAGAAGGGAAGAUUUUUAGGGCUACUUACUGUCCUCUCUCCCCUAUGCUAUCUUCAGACCUACCUGGGCUUUUAUUUAACGCUGUGAAAUCUCCCUCAACCUAGGUUUUACUAUAAGCUAUAAUUUACCCAGCAUCCUUUGCAGCAUACAGGAACUAACCUCUGGGGCAGGAAGUAGCUUGUGCUGGUGAUAGGGACCCUCUUGGGUGUUCUUAACUAAUAUUUGUUAAUUGUCGGAUACCACCACUGUAUUCUAACUAUCAGUAUCCUAGCACUGGGAAUGGUGCUAUCAGGAAAUGACAUCAUUCCAACUGUUUUAAUAGCUCCCAGUAGUGGGGGCAAGAAAUAUAAAUAGUAGUUAACUGAUCUGCAUUUCUAGGAAUAGAAAGUUUCAUUCUAGAAUCCUUUCUUUCCAGUUCUUGGCCUUAAAACAUUUUUCUCUCAGGUACAACCUAUAAUGAUGGAAUGAAAAGUCUGCUUAAUCUAAUGUCCUCAGUAGCCCUUCUGAUGCCCCAAAAUUGUCCUGUUUGGGCUCUGGUUCAAGUGUGAAACUUAGAUUGCAGUGCUUUCCAAGAACCAAGGGUGCAAGUGACUUUUUUGUAUUCAAAACAUUUUUCUCUGACCGCAUUGCUAACAGGAAACGGCUGUUAUUGGAAGCAGCAAAGAAUCCAUAUGCCAGCCACUGGGGCUGAGCUUCAGAUCACUCAGUUCUGGGAAGCAAGGGGAAGUUAAUGGGAGUGCUGUUGCUGAAUGGCUAAUUUCACUUCUGAUCUUCUUUCCUAAGUCAUUUCCUCAGGGUUGGUAUGAACUGCUGCUACAGUAGAGAUUGGGGUGGGGGUGGGGUAGGAGAUAUGCAGUCUGAAUCCAUUCUGUGGUAGAAGUUACCUUAUGGGUGGUUUGUGUGCAUCCCUGCUGUAUUACUGCCAAUCUGAUGCAAAGUCCCUCUUUUUGAGGUGCCACCAGACAACUGUCUUCCUGAAGUGACUGUAGCUGGGAAUUUUGGGGAGAUGCAUUAGUAGCAUUUAAUAAAGCUCGAUUUAGAACCUUC